UCAAGCCGAACUGCUUUGUCCCUCUGCGCUCUCCGUCGGAAAAACGAACCGAGAGGGUCAUAGGUAUGGCGGCUUUUAGGAUGGGAAAGUUGACAACCAUGCCUGCAGGUCUGAUAUAUGCAUCUAUAAAUCUACAUCUGGCCAAAGAAGAGGAACCCAAAAAGCAGCUAGUAAGACCAGAACAGCUCCCCAUAUAUACUGCACCUCCUCUCCAUUCUAAAUAUGUUGAAGAACAGCCUGGUUAUUUACAAAUGGGUUUUGCAUCCAUCCGUACUACAACUGUUCAUUAUAUUGGCUGGUGCAAGGAUGUUUAUAUCUUUAUGAAGAAUGGGAUAAUAGAUACAGUACAGUUUGGAAAAGAUGCAUAUGUCUAUCUAAAGAAUCCUCCUCAAGAUUUUCUACCUAAAAUGGGAGUGAUUACAGCUUCAGGACUGGCAGGUUUGCUUUCAGCAAUAAAAGGUUCUAGGUUUAAGAAGAUUGCUUAUCCACUAGGAUUAGCCUCAUUAGGAGCAACUGUUUGUUACCCGGCUCAAUCGGUAAUAAUUGCAAAGAUAACUGGGAAAAAGGCAUAUACCACAAGCCAGCAAAUUUAUCAAGCCAUUAAGUCAUUGUGGACAAAAAGCAGUGAAAAAGAAUCACUCCCAGAACCAAAGGAAGAAACUAAGGUAGGAAGGCCUGAUGAAAUAUAUGCCAAAACACCUGACUUGAAACACUCAGUGUCUUUUCCAGAAGAACUUGCCUCUGCAACAAAGAUGAAAUCGGAAUCCACUGCAGGCACGACACAGUUUAUACCUGACCCCAAGCUCCUGGAUCAUGGACAGUCUCAUCCAGAAGAUAAAGAUAUGUACAGCACUAGAAGCUGAAGUAGAUGGCAGUGGGAGCCUACAUAGAGAAGAUGUCCCAAGUGACAAAGAAUGGUGACACAUCAUGUAAUGGAUGGGUAACUGACAGAGCAUGACUAGAAAUUUUUCCAUGACAUUUUCAAAUAAAGAGUUUGGCCAAUGUUACAAGUGGUUAAAACACAAAUUAAUGACUACAACACAAGUAAUGUUAAAAGAUUGAAGAAGCAACUGAAGCAGAAGUGCUAGGAGUACAUUUCAUGACUUGUAAGAGAACUUAUUAGAAAGCAAAAUAGAGUGAAGAUAAAAAUGCCUAUGAGACUAAAAUCUGAAAAUAUGCAUAUGUAAACAUACAUAUACAUAUUGAAACAUAUAUAUCUGCUUCAGUUUUGCCAAUUAUUGCCAGUUAACUUAGAAUGCUGGAUAGAAGGGUGUGGUUUUUUUUCCCAGAGUUGGAAUAAAAUAUCCAUAUUUUAUGGCACAUGAAGUUGGA